CUAUGAACUAUGAACACUCGUAGUGGUCUCACCCAGACGUUUCCAUUUUGCUGCUUCUCAUUAUUGAGAGGUAGGAAAAGUCAAUGUCCCGUAAGAGUGAGCGGCGGGGCAUAGAUAUCUAAAUUGUCGGUCUCUGCUUGAGAAGACGACGAAUCAGUGAAAUAUAGAAGCACCGCUGCUUGGGUAGGGCGAAGCUCAAUCAACGGCGCGAAACCACCGGGAUGAAUAGAAGAUUAAGCCGAAACUCUUCGCCACCAUCGAGAUGAAGUGAUUCAAGCCCUGUUAUUUCCUGGAAGGCCCAACGCAGCCGGAUCUAGAUCCAUCCAUCUACGGUAACCAUUCCAAGUUCCAUCCAACGCCGCAGGAUGACCCUAGAAAUGUCAACCCAAGGUAUUUGAUGGUUGAUCUUUACAGUUUAGGAAUUUUGUUAGUGGAGCUCAGCACUGGAGCAAAGUUCAAUCUGUUUUAACUUUUAGCGCUCUAAAGAAAGUAAGACAUUGGGGUGAUUGGUUGGGCUGUAGGAGGAAACUUUAGCUUUAAUUUUCAUCUACAACCUUAAAUAUUACCAAUCAUGCUUUAUAUUGAUUUUUAAAGCUACAGCCAAAAAAAUAAAGCUACAGCCAAAAAACACAAAAAAUAGUUGUAAAAUUUUUAUUUUCUAAAGCCCCAUCUUUUUAUCUAUAGAAAACUUUAAAGCUACAUUUCUUUAAAGCUAAAUAAAAAAAUCCUACAGACUAAAUUUUAAAGUAAAUUUUCUAAAGCUACAGCCCAAUCAAUCACCCCCAUUAACAACUUAUUUUAUGUAUUUUACCAAAAAAAAUUUACUUUCUGUUAAUGUUUUUAAAACCGGACCGGAUACCGGCUCGGUAAAGCUACUGGUUAUGUGGUCGGACCGGUUCAACCGGUCGAACCGGGUUUUCUAUUUAAAAAUAAAUAAAUGUAAAUAAUCAUAUAUUUACACUAUAUAGACCUAAAAUGUAGUUCUACAUAUAAUAUGUUCUAUGUUCUCUUUUAUUAAUUAGAUAAUAAACAAUAACCAUAAGUUUAGUUAUAUAUACAAGUGAAUACUAUAUCAACCAAAAUUGAUUAAAAAAAUGAAUAACCAUUUAAAUUACAUAUUUACUUAUUUUUACAACUAAAAGUCUUAAAUUUUAUGAAUAUAGAAAAAUGAGAAUAAAAUAUGAGAGUCAAAAAGAGAUUUUUUUAAAAAACAUCUUUAAAAAAAAAAUCAAUUAGAAAACUAAUUAAAUAGUAAAAGUUAAACAUUAAUUAUGAAAUAUUAUAUUUUAAUAAUAAUUAAAAAUACAUUAAUUAUAUGUUGAUUUCUAUUGAACCGGUUUCAAAGUUUAACCGGAUCACCGGUUUUACCGGUUUUUAGCCGGUUUCACCGGUUUUUCUCAAAUCCGAAUUUUACACCGAACCGGACUCGGCUUCUUUAACGAGUCACGGUCAGACCGGUUCGACCGGCCGGUCCCGUCCGAUUUUCAAAACCUUUUUCUGUCUCUGUAUUUUACUAUCGGUGCGGGAGGUAUAUAUUUUUUUUUCUUAGUUGUUUUUUUUAGUUUUAGUCGACUAAAUAGAUCUUUUUUGUAACUUAAAACUAAAUAGAACUUCUGUCACCAAUUCGAGAGUAUAUGUAUUUUACUUAGUUAUGUCAAUUUAUUAUUUUAUACAUGUUUUUAAAUAAGUUCAUAAGUUUAGUAAACAAAAUAAUUUUUUACAAUAACUGAAUAGACUUUUAUGGAGGCGAUGCUUUUGGCGAUUUAGGGUUUCAUGAUUUCAAGAAGAUGGGAUCCGGGAAUUAGAGAUGGGGAUUGGGUUUUUCCGAUCUUUCAUGAUCAAUUCACGGAUUGUGGUUUUCAAGGUCUGCGUUUGGAUAGUUUGGGGACCGUUAUGGGAAUAGCGAAGGAGUUCUGUGAGAUCUUAUGGAUACUGCAGAUUUGGGGACAAAGGCGAGGGAUUUCAGAGGCUAUCAAGGUGGAUUGCAAUAUCUCUACAGAGUCAGAUGUUGAAUCACGGUGAGGAGCUGAGGAACGGUGCAGGCAUGCGUAAGAGAUUGAAGAUUUCAGUGGCGCACUUCGACAAUUCUGCGCUGAUCAAAACCUAUUCCAAGACAUUGAUCGGGAGAUGUAUGAAUCCAGUGGAGCAGGAGAUGAAUGCGCUUUUCACAAAUCUCCCAAAGAUUUGGAAACAGGAAGAGAGGGUAACGGGUACUGAUCUGGGCUUUGGUAAAUUUCAGUUCGACUUCACGACGAAGGAGGAACUUGAAGCGGUGUUGAAGCAACAGCCUUACCAUUUUGACUACUGGAUGCUGGCUUUGGCAAGGUGGCAACCAAAACAAUCCAAGCUUUUUCCCUCAGAGAUCAUGUUCUGGAUAAGAGUCUUGGGGGUUCCUCUGGAGUUCAGGACGGUCCCGACCUUCGAGAGUAUUGGUGGAGCCUUGGGGAGAGUUGUUGCGGUUGAUGUGAAGCAUAACCGGGUUCAAGUAGUGAUUGACGCUUUUAAGGAGUUAUGCUUCGAGACGACGGUGGAUUUCAAAGGAGGAGAAUUUUAUGAGGAAGAGGAGGUGGCGGUGUCUCUGAGGUAUGAGAAAUUAUUUGGGUAUUGCAAGCUCUGUGCCAGUCUUUGCCACAAGGAUGAGCUAUGUCCGUUGAAUGAGAAGAAACCUAAGCCGAGUCCUGAACGAAGGAGGGAGAUCAGAGAAGGCAAUGGGCAUGGUCUGAUGGGGCUAAGCAUGAAGGAGGCGCUCGUAGCUAUAAAGGUGUUGUUAUCAAUGGUCAAACAACUCAACAGAAUAAAAAGCGAGAUGUUCGGGAGUAUUAUGGGAAGGGGAAGGGGAAGGCAUCUGAUGCAGGUGGAUCCAAGUGGGUUAAGGUUGAUGAGAGGGGGAUCUAGAGUGGCUCCUUCUCACCACGGUAAUUACAGAGGUGGUGGCGAGGGUUCACGGUUCAGAACCUCCAGAAGAGACGAGGGAAGCAGCGGAGCUAAGGGUGAGGGAGCUGGGGUUCACGAGGCACGUAGUAGGCCUUCUAUGGAACAGCUGAGAGAUGAACAAAGACAGCAGAACAUAGGUCAGGAGGUACGUGAAGAAGGAGAGAUUAAGGGCACUGAUGCGGUAGAUGCCACUACAGCUACUGAAGAGUUUCAACUCGAACUAGCUAAGACGCAGGCAGAGGGCUCAGAAGCGAUUAUGGAGGCUACAAAGGAGGAGAUGGGGUUACUCCAGUUACAGGGAAUGAAGGAGAACCAAGAUGAUAUGGAAUUAGAGGCUAUUGAUAUGGAACUAGAGGCUAUCAAUGCUUCUUUAUUGGAGAGAGGGGUGGAGUUGACAACAGAAGAGGAGUUCCAGACUCUCUCGGAGGAGGAAGCGGAGAAAGAUUCUGAGGUUAUUGGGGUUCAAGAAUACUCGGAGGAGAAGGAAGGGAUGGAGAGUGGUGAGUUUGACAGCAGCAAAGACACGGCGACAGAAGAGAUGGCGAAGAGACAGGGUAAUCGCAAGAGGCUGUUCAAGCCUACUAGUAGCAUUGUGGGAAGUAACAAGAUGAGGACGGCAAGUGCGCUUCUCUCUCCACGCAAAAGAGCUGCUGCAAAGGUGGGAACUCGUCCCGGAGAUAACGGUAAACCGGUGGAGAGUAAGGGGCCUUCAUACCCGAAGCAGUCGAAUCUCAAGUUCUAAAUUUAUGUAUCACGGCUUAAUAAUAAUAAAAUUAAGUAAAAGGGAAUUAGGUGAUGAGGAUGGGUUCUUAAUUAUUAAAAUAAGAUGUCUUAUUAAGAUCUGGAAUAAAAUUGGAUGUUUGGUUU